GACAUCAACGUGUCAAUUCAAUCAAAUCUGUAGUAAAAAUAACGAUACAAUUAUUAUUAAAUAUAUUUUAUGUGGCAAAAUUUCUUCGCUGAAAGCAGAUUAUGGAUAAAGCCGAAAACUAAAAAUAAAAAAAACCUAUGCAGCGUUUACUGCCCUAAUAAAAUACUCAGAGAAAGUGGUUAUGGGGGAAUAAGCAUGAAACGCUACGAAUGCAGCGUUGUACCCCAACUUCCAAUAUGGCACGACAAAACACCUUACACAAGCAGUACGAAAUGGAUGGAAUCGUUAGAAUCGAAUAGUAACGAAGAUAACCUUGAUUCGGAAUCAGUUUCCACAGAAUCUUCAACGGAAGAAGAAAGCGACGUUUUUGUAACAUGCACAGACUCAUUAAACCCAUCUUUAACGGCACUCUCCGAGAAAACCAGUGGAACGUAUAAAGAACAACAAAUUCCUUUUAUAUACCUAUAUAUUUUCAGUUUUCCGCAAGCUCAAUGCAUUAGCUGCGAACCAACAGCAAUGGAAACGAGAAAUACUGUUAAUGAAAUAUCUUCAAAUUCCGUUUAUUUUCCAUCUGAACUAACGGACGAGGAUAACAAAUGCAGUCCUGAUUCUAAAGAAAGCGAGGAUACUAAUAAAGGAUGGGACUCGGAAGACGAAAAUUUGAGAUUACAAGAAUACAGUUCGGUGCAGGAACUUAAUUCCAGCAAGGACGAGUACAGCUUAAACGAUUGCAUUUCAGAAAGCAGAGACCUCACAGUAUUACGAAACGUAUCAGUGGAGACGGACAUAAAAUUAUGCGAUGAUGCAGAAUGGGGUUUAAGUACGGAAAAUAAAAUGAGAUUGGACGAAUAUCUAUCGAAAGCGCACAGCAUAAUAUACGGCGUAUGCCAACCUCCGCUAUUACGGAUAAUAGACGAAAACCACAAGGCCGUAAUAGAUGAAAUCCAAAACAUCAGGAACACAGUAACCGGAUUAAUUUUAACACUCAACCAAGUGGAGAUGAUCAUGAAAAACUUGGAAGAGAAAGUGGAAAACAUCAAUUUAAAUGUCACCUACCAACACGACGGUUUUCUCAUCGGAGUCGAAGCUAAAAAUUUGGACGAUUUUUACAAGCGCGUUAAUUGUAUUAAAGAAGUUACAGGAUCCGCUUUGAAACGAAUACAACAGCUUGAAGAGCUGUUUGGCGAUGGUAGUCAAAAAGAAUUUAACUUGAUUGAUGAGAAUAACAUUGCAAAACUAGAGAUGGAAAGGGAAAAGGAAAACAAGAAACGGCUGUUCCUCAAGGAGUGUAAGGAAGGAAAAAUACACAAACAGAUCGAAGAGAUCGAGGAAAUACAUCAUUAUUUGUUUCAAGUUCAACAAUUUUUGGAGCAAAUAGCGGUAGAUCAGCUUUAAAUUCAUUAAUUUAAAUGCUUUUAAAUUUAAAUUGCUAUAUAAAAUCGUGUUUAUUAAAUAAAUUCAUGUUAAAUUUGUUCGGUAUUAUUAAUUUUCCAAUUUCACUCAUACAGUGAAAUUAUCGCGAGAUAUUACACCAUGACCUAGGCAAAGCAUUACGAAUAAUGCGUAAAAGUUUGCACACGACACCUAUCACCUGAAAACCCAUCGGUGUGCAAAUUCACACGACCCGCUCAUUUAAUCAUUUCCUCCUGAAAUCAGGAUUUCAUAUCAUUCAUAAUUUCUAUCUGCAAUCUCCCUGAAAUAUUUACAAAUAACAUAACUGUGCC